AUGCCCAUCCACAUUGGAAGCCUCGAUGCCGAGGGCCGGCGUUCCCCAUCCCCCUACAGUCUCAAGUGCUCACCCACUCGGGAAACCCUGACAUAUGCCCAGGCCCAACGGAUUGUUGAGGUGGACAUUGAUGGACGUCUGCAUCGAAUCAGCAUCUAUGACCCACUCAAGAUCAUCACAGAGGAUGAGCUGACCGCCCAGGAUAUCACCGAAUGCAAUAGUAACAAGGAAAACAGUGAACAGCCUCAGUUCCCUGGCAAGUCCAAAAAACCCUCAUCCAAGGGCAAAAAGAAGGAGUCCUGCUCCAAGCAUGCGUCCGGCACUUCCUUCCACCUCCCGCAGCCCAGCUUCCGCAUGGUAGACUCAGGCAGUCAACCAGAAGCACCUCCGCUGCCUGCUGCCUACUACCGCUACAUCGAGAAGCCGCCUGAAGACCUGGAUGCAGAGGUAGAGUAUGACAUGGAUGAGGAGGACCUUGCCUGGCUGGACAUGGUGAAUGAGAAGCGGCGAGUAGAUGGGCACAGUUUGGUGUCAGCAGACACCUUUGAGCUGCUGGUGGACCGGCUUGAGAAGGAGUCAUACUUGGAGAGUCGCAGUAGUGGGGCCCAACAGUCACUCAUUGAUGAAGAUGCCUUCUGCUGUGUGUGCCUGGAUGAUGAAUGCCACAAUAGCAAUGUCAUUCUCUUCUGUGACAUUUGCAACUUGGCUGUACACCAGGAAUGCUAUGGUGUCCCCUACAUCCCUGAGGGUCAGUGGCUCUGCCGCUGCUGCCUUCAGUCUCCCUCCCGGCCUGUGGAUUGCAUCCUCUGCCCCAAUAAAGGUGGCGCCUUCAAACAGACCAGUGAUGGGCACUGGGCCCACGUGGUGUGUGCUAUCUGGAUCCCCGAAGUCUGCUUUGCUAACACCGUGUUCCUGGAGCCCAUUGAGGGCAUUGACAACAUCCCGCCUGCCCGCUGGAAACUAACCUGCUAUAUAUGCAAGCAGAAGGGGCUGGGUGCAGCCAUCCAGUGCCAUAAGGUAAACUGCUACACAGCCUUCCAUGUGACGUGUGCACAGCGGGCUGGGCUCUUUAUGAAGAUUGAACCCAUGCGUGAGACCAGCCUCAAUGGAACCAUCUUCACAGUGCGCAAGACUGCCUACUGUGAGGCCCACUCACCACCAGGGGCUGCCACUGCUAGGAGGAAGGGUGACUCCCCCGGAAGCCUCAGUGAGGCUGGAGAUGAGGAAGGGCUGAAAGAGGGAUGUGGGGAGGAGGAAGAGAAGGAAGAGGUGGAAGAGGAGGAGGAAGGUGAAGGCCAGGGCGGAGUAGGCAGCCCCCUCAAGGGAGUGCCCAAGAAGAACAAGAUGACUUUGAAGCAGAAGAUCAAGAAGGAGCCAGAGGAAGUGGGUCGAGACACACCCUCCACUGUCCCCUUGGUCACUGUCGCUCAGAUACCCUCUUACAGGUUGAACAAGAUCUGUAGUGGUCUCUCCUUUCAGAGGAAAAACCAGUUCAUGCAGCGGCUUCACAACUACUGGCUGUUGAAACGGCAGGCACGGAAUGGUGUCCCCCUCAUCAGGCGCCUGCACUCCCACCUGCAGUCCCAAAGAAAUGCCGAGCAGCGAGAGCAGGACGAAAAAACAAGUGCAGUGAAGGAGGAGCUGAAAUACUGGCAGAAGCUCCGGCACGACUUGGAACGGGCGCGAUUGCUUAUUGAACUGAUUCGGAAAAGAGAGAAGCUCAAGAGGGAGCAGAUCAAGGUCCAGCAGGCUGCCAUGGAGCUGGAGCUGAUGCCAUUCAACGUUCUGCUGAGGACAACACUGGACUUGCUGCAGGAGAAGGAUCCUGCACACAUCUUCGCUGAACCCGUCAACCUGAGUGAGGUUCCAGAUUACCUGGAAUUCAUAUCCAAGCCAAUGGAUUUUUCUACUAUGAGGCGGAAGCUGGAGUCCCAUCUGUACCGCACCUUGGAGGAGUUUGAGGAGGACUUUAACCUUAUAGUUACCAACUGCAUGAAGUAUAAUGCUAAAGACACAAUUUUCCACCGAGCAGCUGUCCGCCUACGGGACCUGGGAGGGGCCAUCCUGCGGCAUGCCCGGCGGCAGGCAGAGAACAUCGGCUAUGACCCCGAGAGGGGCACCCACCUGCCUGAGUCACCCAAAUUGGAGGACUUUUACCGCUUUUCCUGGGAAGACGUGGACAACAUCCUCAUCCCAGAGAACCGGGCCCAUUUGUCCCCAGAGGUGCAGCUGAAGGAGCUGCUGGAGAAACUGGACCUAGUGAGUGCCAUGCGGUCCAGUGGGGCCCGGACCCGCCGCGUCCGCUUGCUGCGCCGGGAGAUCAAUGCUCUUCGGCAGAAGCUGGCGCAGCCGCCACCACCACAGCCCCCUUCACUGAACAAGACUGUGUCCAACGGGGAGCUGCCAGCUGGGCCCCAGGAGGAUGCUGCUGUGCUGGAGCAGGCUCCGCAGGAGGAGCCAGAAGACGAUGAGGACAGAGAUGACUCCAAACUGCCUCCCCCACCAACCCUGGAGCCCACUGGGCCUGCACCUUCCUUGUCUGAGCAAGAAUCCCCUCCGGACCCCCCCACUCUGAAACCCAUCAAUGAUAGCAAACCUCCAAGCCGAUUCCUAAAGCCCAGAAAGGUAGAAGAAGAUGAGCUCUUGGAAAAAUCACCUCUGCAGCUAGGGAACGAGCCCUUGCAACACCUGCUCAGUGACAAUGGCAUCAAUAGACUAUCCCUCAUGGCCCCCGAUACCCCUGCCAGUGCCUCCCUCAGUGGUGUGGGCCGCCGCACCUCAGUCCUCUUCAAGAAGGCCAAGAAUGGGGUUAAGCUGCAGAGGAGCCCAGAUCGGGCGCUGGAGAAUGGCGAGGACCAUGGUGCAGUGGGCUCUCCCGCCUCUCCUGCCAGCAUCGAGGAUGAGCGGCACUCCCGGAAGCGGCCGAGGAGCAGGAGCGGUAGUGAGAGUGAUGGGGAGAGAUCCCCCCAGCAGGAGGAAGAAACAGGCGUGACCAACGGCUUUGGAAAACACACUGAAAGCGGGUCUGACUCGGAAUGUAGUUUGGGUCUCAGUGGUGGACUGGCAUUUGAAGCUUGCAGUGGUCUCAUGCCCCCCAAACGCAGCCGUGGGAAGCCAGCCCUGUCUCGAGUGCCCUUCCUGGAAGGUGUGAAUGGAGACUCUGACUAUAGUGGCUCAGGCAGAAGCCUCCUGAUGCCCUUUGAAGACCGUGGAGACCUGGAGCCCCUGGAGCUGGUGUGGGCCAAGUGCCGAGGCUAUCCCUCCUACCCUGCCUUGAUCAUCGAUCCCAAGAUGCCCCGGGAGGGCCUCCUUCACAAUGGCGUCCCCAUUCCUGUCCCCCCGCUGGAUGUGCUGAAGUUGGGAGAGCAGAAACAGGCCGAGGCUGGAGAGAAGCUCUUCCUUGUCCUCUUUUUUGACAACAAGCGCACCUGGCAGUGGCUUCCGAGGGACAAAGUCUUGCCCCUGGGUGUAGAAGACACCGUGGACAAGCUCAAGAUGCUGGAAGGUCGCAAGACCAGCAUCCGCAAGUCAGUGCAGGUGGCCUACGACCGCGCAAUGAUCCACCUGAGCCGUGUCCGGGGGCCCCACUCCUUUGUCACCUCCAGCUACUUGUAAGGGUGGGGCCUGGCCUGUGUCUGUCUGCCCUGCCUCCAUCCCAAGGGACACAGAGAAGCAUCUCCCUACCCCAGCCACACAUGGCCUGCAGCUUCCCCCUUUUAUAGCAGGCCAAGGACUGGGCUGUGUCCUUUCCAAGGGCAGGGCCCCAAUUUUGAUGAACUUCAUGGUUCCACUGGUGGGCCUGCUUUGUGCCAAAAACUCCCACCUGAGCUCCCUCAGGGCCUAGUCCACUGAAUAACCAGUUAGAAGUAGAAACAGCUGUGAGGCCCAGCUGAGGAGAUGGACCUGGCCCCAGAAGGCGAGGAGUCCUGGGCUCUUUCUCAAGGGUGUGCCUGACCCUUUCUACCCCACUCCCAACUAACUACACCUCAGGGCGAGUGAGGCUCUGACAUUGACCCCAGGGUGCUUGUGGAUACACUCGGGUCCUGCGGGGAAUCUCAGUGAGCUCACCCUCUCUCCGCCUCCAUCACCCUUUCUCACACCUCUUCCCUGUCCCAUUUUCUGCACCUCUUCCCAGUCUUUUUCCCAUGUUCCUUUCCUUACUUUCUCUUGUGCCAAACUGACAGAAACCAUCACCAAAUUGGUUUUUUUGUUCUUAUGUCUCAUUCCCUUUGAGGCCAGCUGCUAUGCUAGGUAGGUGCCUUCGCAUGGCUCGUCAGGGCCCAGAACAGAGGCCAGCCUACCACUCGGGUGACCCCUCCACCAGCACACACCUCCUGUCCUCCUGCCCUUCCCUCACCCACUGACCUUCAUAUCUAAAGCCAGGCUGUGAGAGCUUGCCCCUUGGAUUGAGGUGGGGCCCCUCCUGCCCUCUCCCUAUCUUGCCAAGGGGUGGGCUGAGGCUAGGUGGGUUCCUGUCAGCAGAGCAGGCUGAAUGUAUUGUCCAUCUGUCCAAUUGGAUGUCAAGGGUUGUUGGGUGGAGCUGGGUCUGCCCCUUUAUCCUUCCUCUCCUCUUCUCAUGGGUUUUUCCUUUCCUGCAACUGCAGCCUGUAGCCUCCCUCUCCACCAUCAUGAGUGGCAUGGUUCCUGCAGUCCAGCAUCUUCCUAUCCUGUGCUCUGCCUGCCCAGCCUCUGCUGCUCCCACUUCUGAACUCCAGGGAACUCAACACUUUUAUUUCAGACCCUCUGUCCUCUUCCUUUUCUUUCAAUCCCCUCCCCACCAUCACCUUCUAAAAACAGAAGGAAAAAAACUGUGAAACAGGGAAUGCUGACUGACAAACCACCACAACUUUAAGAGGCUUCGAUGUCUGUUCUCUGGGUGUUUCUUUUUACUUCUUAAGCACCAAAGUCGCAGGGCCAGGUUGCAGGCCACUGAUUGCCAUGUUGAUUUUUAACCUGACGUUCUUUCUAAUUGUUUUAAAAUUUUCAUAGGGGAGUUUUGGACAAAACAAGUCACUGGGGAGAUCACUGCCAUUUUUACACACACAAAUUUUUAAAAUAAAUAACCAACCACCACAACUUCUUAUACAUUUGGGACAAGAGCCAGAGUUUUAAAGGGAACCAACAAAACUCUCUAUAAUAUAAAAGAUGGGGUUUUGGAUUUUGUACAAUACUAAAAAUACAACAACAGCAUAUGGCUAGGGAAGGACAUGGUGUAUAUAAUUGUAAAAUAUUGUUCUAAAUUAUUCAGGCCUAUAGUUUCCAUUACUGGAGUCCUCCUCCAUUGUGUGGCUGAGUAUUUUAAAUGCGCACAGUGUGGUUUAUUUAAAGGAGCCAACGCAUCCCCCUCUCCCCAGGUAGUCGGUCAGCUGUGGACUCUGUGACCUUUGUCUCAACCUGUGUUGUAAAAUCUCGGGGCUUUCUCUAUUUCUCUUUCUGUGUCUUUCUCUUCCUUCCCCCUAACACUUUCUCUUUCUUAGUUUCUCUCUUUUUUUCCCCCCUCAAUCUCUUUGAAUCUUUCAGUUUCUGAGUCUCAUUUUUAAAACUACUCUUUUAGAAUGGGAAACGGCUCAGAUCCUGCUGUGGCAUGGGGCCUACGUGUCUCAGUCGCGUCUGCUGUGAAGCACACGAUGCUCUAUUUAUUGUAGAAAGUGACUUUAUUUGCUUUCUAGAAUUGUUUAUAACAGAUGGUAUAAGAGAGGUAAUAAACAGAGAAAAAUCUAUGCUUGUAAAGAAUACAAAAGUUAAUUUUACCUACUAUAAUAUGACUGUCUGAAACUUAUUUUCUCUCUGAGAAAUAAAUGUUCUAAUGGGCAGCAGUU